AUGGCAUCUCAAGUUUUCCAGGCCAAUCGUACGGCUCUUAUCACAGGUGGCGCUUCUGGAGUGGGCUUUGCUUUUGCUCAGCUAUGUCAAAAGUUUGGCAUGAAUGUCGCUUUGGUGGACAAGUCUACUGAGAGCCUCGAGAAGGCAAAGGACGUCUUGUCGGGCAGCGCUAAGAAUGGACAAAAGACCGAAGUCUACGAUAUGGACGUCUCCGAACUCUCCCAAUGGCGCAAUCUCAAGUCCGAAGUGGAAGCCAAAUUCGGUAACGUCGAUCUCUUGAUGCUAAAUGCCGGUGCCUCAUUUAAGCCUACUCAAGGCUUUGGCGCACUGAGCACAUGGCUAGAUCCUGCGUAUCACCACAAGACUUACGACACAAACGUAUUCGGUGUGCUCAAUGGCAUUGCAGCACUCCUACCGCUACUCCAGAACAAGAACACGCCUUCGUCGAUUGUGAUCACGGGCAGCAAGCAAGGCAUCACCAACCCACCGGGUGGAAACAACCCUGCGUAUAAUGCUAGCAAAGCGACGCUUAAACAUCUUGCCGAACACCUCUGUCACGAUCUCCGCACUUCCAGUCCUUUGAUCACUACGCACUUGCUUAUACCCGGGUGGACAUACACAGGCUUGAGCGGCAACAAAGGGCCUGUCCCAGACGAGGAAGCCAAGAGCAAGAAGCCAGAGGGUGCAUGGCUAAGUUCGCAAGUCGCAGAGUACGGUGCAAGAAAGAUGAUGGAGGGACAAUUCUAUAUCGUGUGUCCUGACGAUGAUGUGUCGGAGGAGUUGGACAAGGCGAGGAUGGCGUAUGCGAUGGGAGAUGUGUGUGAGGGCAGACCUCCGUUGUCGAGGUGGCAUGAUGAGUACAAGGACAGCGCUGCUGAGUGGAUACAGAAGGAAACGGAGAAGAGGAAGGAUGGACAGUAG